GUGUUUGUAGUGAGCUGUGUAUCAGUCACAAGGAAUGCAUAGCACAGUGUGCUUACUCGUGAUAUAGUAUAGUUGCGUGGUCAAGCGUCUUCAGCCAGAUGUGUCCAGUAAAGCUGUGUCAGAAUCCACUGUUAAGGUCUUGCAGAAACAUUUAUUUAGAGGAGUUACUUGCCACAACAAGACCAUACUUAAAUACAGAUAUCUGUAUAUAUAUCAAGUGCAAUUGAGUCUGUCUCGAGGCAGCUUUUGUUUAAACAUCUCGACAUAAUUUAUUAUAACUAAUAGGUUUUGCGGCGUAGUUUGAAUAUAUCAAGCCGAUCAUUAGUUACACAUUCAGGCAGAAGAAGCCUUUAAUUUUAAAUUAUCGUUUUUUUUGGAUUGGAUUUAUAUUUUAAUUGGUCAGCUGAAAGCUAAUUGGGCCUCGAACGUAUACUCAUCUAGUCACGGGAUUGCCGUUAACGGCGAUUUUAACCAACUGAUCUACUUGUUCAUUACACGAAUUUAUGGUUUUCAAUAGUUUGCAUUUCAUUUGACCAUUAAGUACUUUUCUUCCGGUAAAUUGUCUGUGUGUGUAUAAGCGUUCGAUUAAAAAAGGGCAGUGUUUUUUGAACUUGUGAUUUUCCUUGCUUUGUAUACUUUUUGCAUCAAAAAGCAUUCUUGGUCUACUUUAACUAAAAGUACUUCGGUUAAUGUUCGAAAUUUUUGCUAAACUUUGUCCUGUGGUACCUUUUUUACUUAUUGACUGACACUCGUGUUCACAUUGUGAUCAUAUUGUGUUUUUAAACCUUUUUAAUCAAAUCACAUUGGUUAGUAAGACUUAUAACUGUGGACAACCAAACUGCUUGUUCACCGUUGAGGAAGGAAUGCAGUGCGAUGAAUGUGAAAAGUGAUACCAUAAGAUGUGUACACGUCCAAGUCCUACGGCAUACAAAAAUGCUCGAAGCCUAACUCGCAUUGGCUUUGUAUGUUUCGUUGUACAAAUAGGAAGUUACUAAUCCACAAGGCUAUGAGCCUAUUGGCUUUAACCUGUUGCGCUGAUAACACGAGCACUGACGGUGACGAAUGUGUCAGUGUAGUACGUGCUGCUACCGGACCCGUUAAACAUCCGACUGUGAUUGACGGGAAAGUGAAAUCUCCGUUAACAUUAACGAGGAGUGAAGUGCCGCUUGAUAUUGACAUUGGUAAUCAUACACCUUCAGUGGAAAUUGAAGACCCGGAUAAAACUGUUACCGUUCCAAAUAGCCCCGGUGUGGCUGUACUGAGUGAUGAUAAAUGGACUUCAGUACGGAGAGAAAGAAAUGAGAAGAAAAAAGCUGUAGGCGAAAAGCAUCUGGUUAUCAAGUCAUUGGAAGAGACGGUAUGAGAAACAAAAGCUCCACUGCGUGUUAAGACAGACCUCUCUGAGUGGUCAGUCAUUUUUCAUAAGUUAAGAGAAUCUUCAGAUAAGGAACCAAAGGCUAGAUUUGAACACGACCUCAGUCAUAUUAAGUCCUUAAUAAGCAAACUACCCCCAGAUACAGUUCCAGGAGUUAGUAUUUGUAAGUUUUAUAGAAUAGGACAAAAAGUGGAUUCUGAAAGUCCUCAGAGAAGCCGCCUCUUGAAAGUUACAUUUUCCACGGUUGAAAAAAGGAACCUGAUUCUAGGUAACUCACGUAAACUGAUUGGAUCCGGAAUAUACUUCCGUGAGGAUCUCAGCCUAGCCGAGCGUAUUAAGAGAUGAGCUGCAGAAGUGGAAAUAAAUGAGCGUCGUCGAAAUGGUGAAAGCAACCUCGUCCUUAAGGGUUUCAAAUUGUAAAAGUUCGAGGCAAAACGAUCCCCAAACCACUCUGGGUGGUAAGGGAAAGUUCUCCACAGAUUUAAAGGUAUGCUAAACAAAUGCUCGCAGCCUACUAAAUAAAAUGGCGAAGCUUAAGUCAAUGGUGAAUAAAGAAAAACCGGAUGUUAUUGCUGUCUCAAAAACUUGGUUAACGUCAGAAUUAUUAGAUAAUGAAAUUCAGUUGACUGGUUUCCUAACCAGUAGGGCUGACAGAUUAAACUGAAGGGAAGGCGGGGUUAUCCUGUACACGAAAAGUACCCUAACCAUAAGAGUAGCUGAGACAGUGGCACAUGUUUCAGGAACACGUGAACUAGUGCGAUGUAUGUUGAAAUGUAGACGGCAAGAUAUUUAAUUAGUUAUAGUAUAUAGCAUUCCAGAACGUGUAACGGAUGAUUUUAUCCAAAGUAAACUUCAGUUCUGGUGUAACAAGGGUAAAAGCCCUGUAGUAGGCGUCUUUAAUGCACCGUACAUAAACUGGGUUAACUUAGAAGUAGGGUAAUCGAUAACAUCGUUCGAUUGCAAACUGUUAGAAACCUCGAUUGGAUUAGCUUUAUUCCAACACAUUAGAAACCCCACAAGAUAUGACUUAAGGAAUUCUUCUUCUCUUUUAGAUUUAGUCUUCACACACGGUGAUGACAUUGGUCAGAUGACUUUUCUCCUACCACUAGGGAGAAGUGACCGUGCAGUCAUAUUAUUGAAAUUCAUGGCUGAGAUUGCCUGUCAAACAGUUGCACCGGCCCGUCCUAAUAUAUUGAAGGCAGAUAUGAAUGCAAUCAACUCCACAGCAUCGGCUGAAAACUGGGAAAUUGACUCAAGGGCAUCAGUACAAGAGGCAUGGACUCUUUUCAGGCAGUUAUACAAUCGAGUAACUCAACCAUACAUACCCUGGACAGCUCCAAAGAAGAAGAAGAAGCACGGCAAUCCCUGGAUAGGCCGGGAUAUUCGACGUUUACUAGGACAAAAAAAGAAAUGUUGGCAUCCGCCUUGGCUCAGCAGGUACGAUGGAACGCUACAGAUCGGUAAGAAACAAGUGUAUAACAAAAUUUCUGGAAGCUCAAAGAAAAUAUGAAAUGCAGUUGGCACAAUCUGCACUCAAGCAGCCCAAGAGAAUAUUUGCGUACAUAAACUACAGAACAAGGAUGUUACAUUGGAUUCCAAACCUAAUUAAAAAAGGGAGUAAAUCUGAAAUGAUGGAUGAAGAUCAGGAAAAAGCAGAUUCUAUGGUUGACUAUUUUGGGGCAGUUUACACUCAGGAACCUCCUCUAGACAAAGAAACGGAUCAAAAUAAAGAGUCAACAAACCACCUGCUUACUGUGGGCUUCGAUCAAGACGAUGUGCUUAAGGCUCUUAGCACCUUAAACAUGAAAAAGUCAACAGGACCAGAUGAACUACACCCCAAAAUCUUGAGACAUAUUGCACAAUAUAUCGCGGCCCCACUGACUUAGAUAUUCAAUAUGUCACUUGACCAAGGUGUGUUUCCUAUGGACUAGAAGGACGCGAUCGGCACUCCCAUACAUAAAAUAGGACUAAGACAACUUCCAUCGAACUACAGACCUGUAAGCCUCAUCAGUGUUGUAGUUAAAAUAUUGGGAAGAAUAUUUAAACGAACCAUAAUGGCAUUUAUGGAAAUCAAUAACUUGCUAAACAUAGAACAACAUGGUUUUAGAAAGGGUUUAUAUUAUACAACGAACCUCUUUAUAGCAAGGGAAUUUUGGAUAGAGGCGCUAGGCAACGGAAACUCAGUGGAUUUUGUCUACAUAGACUUCAGUAAGGCUUUUGACAAUGUGCCAACUAAUAGACGGCUAUUGAAUUAGGAAAACCUUGGUAUUGCCGGACCUCUUUUAUAAUGGAUUAGGGAUUUCCUAGUAGGUCGUAGACAGAAAGUAAGAAUAAAUUCCAAGUGUUCCAUCUGGAGACCAGUACUUAGUGGAGUACCUCAAGGUUCCGUCCUACGUCCUUCAUUUUUUAUAAUGUAUGUUAGUGAUCUUCCAAGUAUAGUACAGUCUCUAAUGUUAUUAUACGCUGACGAUGUAAAGAUCUGGCGAGUAAUAACUGGAGACACAGACUCAUGUGUUCUUCAGGCAGACCUAAAUAAUGUGAUUAACUGGUCUAAAGGGUGGCUGAUGCCUGUAAACGCGGCAAAGUGUGUCUACAUGCACUUUGGGGAUUCAAAGGUUAAUAGGUACAGCAUAAGGGAAGUUCCAUUAUCCGUGGUCCGGUCUCAUAAGGAUCUGCGGGUGACAGUGAGUCAUGAUCUUAAGACGACGGCCCAUUGCCGGGAGGUCGUAGCUAAAGGGUUUCGAACCCUCUGGGCUUUAAAACGAACAUUCACUAAGUUAGAUACCACCAUGUCCACUACAGUAUACACAUCCUUAGUGAGAACUGAGCUUGAGAACUGCGUUCGGGCUGCAAACCCCUGUUUAAAAGGCGAUUUGGAUAUCCUAGAGAAAGUACAGAGGGCAGCUACCCGUGCAAUUUCAGAAAUCCGGGGUUUACCAUACAAAGAGCGGCUUGAAAAGCUGGACCUCUUUACUCUGUCCUGUUGCAGAUUAAGAGGAGAUCUGAUUUUGAUGUACAGAAUACUGAGAAAUGAUUUCGAACCUAAUUUAUUCUCUCUUUUUCUUCACACUAGAUCGGGACAUCUCAGAGGACAUAGCAGGCGAGUAGAAAAGCCAAGAACGAACAAACUAUCCGUAGCAUACAAGUUUUCACACCGAGUCAUCAAUACUUGGAACCUGCUGACCGAAGCAGUGGUGUUCGCACCUUCAAUUGACUCUUUCAAGAGAAGACUGGACACUCACAGAAGCAUACUAGAAAAGGAAUAACACAGGCCUACAACCCUUAAAAAAAGCACAUCAGAAUGAUUACUCAAGCAAAUAGAAAAUAAAAUACACAAAGCAAUGCCAGAUUACUGUCAUGAGGAGAAUUUAAAACAAACAGAGAGUGUUACUAUGCAUGAAGCCAAUAAACAUUAUCCUAAUGAUCCAGGACUAGAUGUAGCUUCACUUAAAAUCAUUGAGUUAUCUAAAAAGAUUAGAGAAUUGAAUGCUUCACUUGUGAGUGAACGAAACAAAUGUAAUAACUUAUAUCAAAUAGUCCGAAAGUUGGAAUCUGAAUCGGUUAACUCAUCAAACAAAAAUGUUCUAUGUAGUUUAUGUAAACAGAACAACAUCACAACGAACGAAAACAUUGAAAACAUAUCAGACGAUGCGGAACAAGAGGAGAAGAAGAACAAGAAGAAAUUAAAGAAACUAGAAUCUAUUGUUAUGGAAUUACGUCAAAAAAUUCAAACCUUAAAUCAUGAUUUAUUAUUAGCUAAAAAAGUAAUCGAAUCAGAAACUGGUGAACUGAUACCAAAUUUAAAUAGUUGGUUAAUAAAUUUAAAGCUAAAACCCGAUGGAACAUAUGGAAAUUGGCGUGGUCGACAACAACAAAUUAUUACAUUAAAAAAUCGUAUUACAAAAUUACAAUCACAACUUACUUUAAAAGCUUCUUCUCAUACAGAAAAUUUCAGUUGUAAAGAGACUAUGGAAAAUGAAACAUUUUCUGGUGCAACAUUAUUGGAUAUUCAUUCAUUUCAAGAUAAUAAUGAUGAUAAUAUGACUUCUAAAUCAUCUAAACUGAAUUCCAUCAUUGAACAAAAUGAUUAUAGAACAACUAAUAUUAUUCAAUUACAACAUGAUAAGAAACAAUUAAAAGAUGAGAUUGCAUUAACUAAAAAAAAUCUACAAAAAAUUAAAUUACAUCAUUAUCAUUUAUUACAAGAACAAAAAGAAUUAAAACAACAAAUUUUAUUUUUAAUCAAUAAAAGUAAACAUGAUAAUGAAUUAAUUGAAUCAUUAAUACAACAUAGAAAUAAUUUACAAAAUGAAUUUAAUAAAUUAAAUCAAAUAAAUAUUGAAAAAACGAAUGAAAUAGAAAAAUUAAAUGAAGAACAAUUAAAUUUAAAACAAAUAAAAGAUGUAGAAAUUAAAAAAUUAGAAGAAAUUAUUAUGGAGAAAAACCAAUUAAUUGACAAUAUGAAUGAACGUCUUUCUACUAAUAAUCAAAUACAUUUGAAUACAUCAGAACAUCAAACAAAUAAUGAAAUACCAUCUAAUGUAAUGAAUUCAUCCCAUUAUGAUUUGGAUUAUAUUAAGAAUUAUAAAAUUGAACGUGAUGGAUUAAUAAAAUUAAUAGAAACUAUGGAAUGUAGAAUUGAAGAACUUAUGAAUGAAAAAAUGAAACUUGAAAUGAAAAAUGCUGAAUUAACAAGAAAAACGCUUUUGAAACCAAAUGUAAAAAAUCAAUAUUUUUUGAUCAAUGAAAAAUCAAUAAAAUCGGAUGAUUCCCAUAAUAAUAAUAAUAAUAAUAAUAAUAAUAAUAAUAAUAAUAAUAAUAAUAAUAAUAAUAAUAAUAAUAAUAAUAAUAAUAAUAAUAAUAAUAAUAAUGGUAAUAACAGUAAUGAUAAUAAUAAUGGUAAUAACAGUAAUGAUAAUAAUAAUAAUAAUAAUGGUAAUAACAGUAAUGAUAAUAAUAAUAAUAAUGAUAAUAAUGAGCAAUUAUUUCAUUAUCUUACCAAUGAUAAUUAUAUUAAAAAUUUAAUUCAAAAAUGUUCAUUAUCAUCAUAUUCAAUGAAAAUUAUAAUUAAAUGUAUAAAACAAUAUCAAACUAUAUUAAUACAAUAUUAUAAUGAAAUAAUAAAUUUAAAAAAUAAUAUAAAAUUAAUAUUAGAUUAUCAUAAAGAUGAUUUUAAAUUAAUGAUGAAUAUUAUUGAUGAAUUAAAACAACAACAGCAACCACCACAGCAACAACAACCACCACCACCACAGCAACAACCAAUGCAACAACGACAACAAUAAAGAAAAGAUAUAAAGAACUACACAUUUAAAAGAAAAAAAAGUAGUACUUUUAUUGAUUUAUUAAUGGGUUUAUUCAAUGUGAUCGUUUUUUUAAAAUAUUUUUGUUGGUAUAAGAUAGAAUUCUCAGUA